ACGGAAAUUGUGCAACACUGUCCAUCCUCACCUAUCAAGGAAUCCUGUCAGACAUCUACUGGAAAUUCCGGGGAAUUUGGGUGUCUUUUCGAAUGCUUGAAUAGCAGUCUCACAAGUCUAUUCCCUCCCACCGAACAAUGCGGCUCUUCCAUCGGCAUCGAAACAAGCAGAAGAACCCGCCUGUCCCUAUUCAAGAAGACUUAUUUUCACCCUUUGACUCACCAGCACCUUUACCUCCCAUUCGGAACUUCUCAUACCCAACCGCAGCCCUGCAAUCACCGUCGGCACCUUCCAUCUCUUCAGCCACACAGCCAGGCAUCAACCUACCUCCUGCCGGCUUUGGAGAAGCGCACACAUCCACACCCAGUGGUGGCACCGAGCCCCCGUUUUACUGGGCUUCAUCGUACAGACCCAUACGUGAAGAAGAAGUCGAAACCUCGACAGAUCCACAGUCUUACACUUUUGAUACUGGACCAGAGGCGUUUGUCUACGGCUAGGGGCCGAUUCCAGAGAAGAAGAAAAAGAAACGGCGAAGUCUCCUCGGAAUCUCAACACCACAGAGAAGCAAGACUACUGAAUUCGAAGAACUGCCAAGAAUCAAUAGAAAUUCGCCGCAGAGUCUUGAUCGAGAUUCUCUCACUGGAUAUCGAAUUUCUCAUCCGCCAGCUCAGGCUAUCCUUGAAAGCCCACCCAAGAAGGUGUCUCCC